AUGGAGGGGUCUGACAGUUCUGAGCAGAGUGGCAGUGACCAGCCAGAGUCACAGCGCAGAAGGCAGCUGGACCGCCUGGACAGGGAGGAGGCCUUUUACCAGUUUGUCAACAAUCUGAGUGAUGAGGACUAUCGUCUCAUGAGAGACAACAAUCUUUUGGGCACCCCAGGAGAAGUAACGGAGGAUGAGCUGUUUAGCAGACUUCAGCAAAUCAAGGAUGGUCCAGAACAGCAGAAUAACAGUACUAGUGCCCCCAGUACUGAAAAUGGAGAAGAUCCAGUUGAACCACCAGAAAACCCUGAGGAUCCUGCCAAUGGGGAUAGUCUCUUAGACUGGCUGAACACAGUGAGGCGCACAGGCAACACUACCAGAACUGGUCAUCGUGGAAACCAGUCAUGGCGGGCCGUAAGCCAGACCAACCCAAACAGUGGGGAUUUUCGCUUCAGCCUCGAAAUCAGUGUGAAUCGGAACCUGGCUGAACAGCAGGCAGCUGCUGAAGGGGAGCAGGAGCCUCCACAGGAGUCUUCCCAGGAAUCUCCAGAGGGUCAAGAAGUGGUGGCAAAUGCUGAACCACAGGUGCCUAUGGAGACAGAAGUGGUGGAGGAACCAGUAGUAGAGGAAUUGGCUGUCAUAGUGGAGCCAGAGCCUGAGCCAGAGCCUGAACCAGUGCCUGAGCCAGUGCCUGAGCCAGUGCUUGAGCCUGAGCCUGAGCCUGAGCCUGUGCUUGAGCCUGAGCCAGAGCCUGUGCCUGAGCCAGAGCCGGAGCCGGAGCCGGAGCCGGAGCCUGAGCCUGAGCCUGAGCCUGAACUAGAAGAAGUUGUUUCACAAGAGAUUUUAGGAGAACAUCCCAGCUCACCUGCUGCCCUGCCUGUACUACCCCCACUUUCUCCUUCUCCACGUAGAGGACAAAGGAGAGCCCGCAGCCGUAGUCCAGAGCCACGCAGGACUAGGGCCCGUACAGCCAGGAGCCGUUCCCCUCUCAAUCUGGAUCAGCUGGAUGGUCUCCCUAAUUCACGUCAUGCUCACUCCUCUCAAGGCAUCAGCUCUUCCACCAGUGUCUCCCCUGUGCCUCAGGUGGAGGGCAGCUCUCGGACUCGACAACAUGUUCUUUCUAGGCAAAGCACUGCUGACAGUGAUGUUCAGCCAUCUAGGGCUGGCGAAGAAAUGGUCCCUGAGGCCCAAAAUGUAGGAUCUCAGGAAGGAGAAGCUCCCGGGGGUGAAGGGGGUGCAGCAGGGCGCCGUCCCCCUACUAUUAUGCUUGAUCUCCAGGUGCGUCGUGUGCGUCCAGGCGAAUAUCGCCAAAGAGACAGCAUUGCUAGUCGCACCCGUUCACGCUCCCAGAACUCAAACAACACAUUUCUUUACGAAAGUGAGCGUGGUGGAUUUCGUAGGACUUUCUCACGCUCUGAGCGUGCUGGUGUGAGGACCUACGUCAGCACUAUUCGCAUACCUAUCCGAAGAAUCUCCGAUGCAGGUUUGGGAGAGGCAACCUCAAUGGCUCUCCAGUCUAUGAUUAGGCAGAUUAUGACUGGUUUUGGUGAACUCGGCUACCUCAUGGAUUCAGAUUCUGAUUCGUCAGAUUCAAACCGUGGAGCCAACACACCUGCGGAUCUGGCUGAAGCCCUCAACAACCCAGAUGCUCCUCCUGCUGCUGCUCCUAUUGCUGAUGUUGAUGAACCACCUGUGGCUGCUGGAGUCAGAGCAAGGACAGCUGAGACUGAUAUUGAUGAGGGCCUUGCCGCUGCUCCACCUGCCUCUGGUGGCAGGGCCCGACCUAGACCACCUAUCAGCCUAGAGGAGCCCAGCUCACUGCCCUUCCUGCGGCUUGCCCAUUUCUUCCUCCUAAAUGAUGACGACGAGGACCAGCCCCAAGGGUUGACCAAAGAGCAGAUUGACAACCUCUCAAUGCGCAACUUUGGUGAGAGUGAUGCCUUGAAGACUUGCAGUGUCUGCAUAACAGAAUAUGCAGAAGGUAACAAGCUACGUAAGCUGCCCUGCUCGCAUGAGUACCACGUGCACUGCAUUGAUCGCUGGCUAUCGGAAAACUCCACUUGCCCCAUCUGCCGCAGGGCUGUCUUGGUAUCAGCCAACCGAGAGAGUGUGGUGUAGCUUAUAAAAGACUGAAGACAUUUUGUUUCAAACUAAGUAAUCUUAAUAUCUCAGGCCCAUAAGAGGCUUUGAGGAAAUGUGUCUCCACUGUUGAAAUGUAUUUCCUUCAUACCAUUUGUGAGUUUGAUCAUAAAGCAGUCACAGGUUUGAUUUGGGGUGCUCCAUAACAGUGACAUCGGGACAUACUCAGUCUCCAGUAAGACAUUUAUUAUGGCAGUCCAAAGUUAGGCACAAGCAAUGCAUGUUGUUUGAAUCAACCUGUAGUGACCAAGCAGUUUGUUGCAUUGCGUCAAGCCAUGCACACAAGCAGGCCGGUAUCUCUUAAAGAAUCCCCUGGUUAUAAAUGCUGCACACCUGCAGGUAGUUCAGACACAUCUGCUCUUUUGUAUUAGCUCCUAAAUGGCGCUUUAUAUACCAGAAGUUGGGUAUUGGUACAGUUCUUAGUUACACCAGUUCAAAGUAUUAGCUGUAAAUAAGCUUGUAAAAAUAAUUUUAAAUCAUACUUUGUAUCAGUGAAUUGGUUUUGGAUUGUAAAUUAUCUCAUAAGAAGAUUAGGGUCAUUUUUGCCACAGUUACUCUCUACCAGAGCAUCCCUAAAUUUGCUGUUAAAGAAAUAGGUGGUUUCAGUGUACACAGCAGAAUUAUUAAGAGAUUGAGAUGUCCAGAGGAUGUAGGACAUUAAUUGGUUUGCCAUUUACAGUGUGACUUCUACUCUCCGUUUGGUGCACCUGAAAGACACAGACUACUGUUGUGGAGUGGCAUAUACCAUGAAAACUCUCAGUGUGCUGAAUUGUUUCACAAAAUAAAAUGUACAGACAGGAAAGAUAAUUCAAACCAGGCUACUUUGGCAAAAUGUGUAUGUUUAUUUUGGAAUCAUAUACUAUCUUAUUUCCUUGAUCAUUAAAAAUGAUUGAAUCGUAUUCAUACCAGAAAUUGGGGAUGUCUCAAUAUUGGUAGUAGAUAUGGGUUUAUAUCAAGUUCUUGGCAUGUGAAUAUCCCCACCUCAAAAAUACUAACAGGCAUGACAUGUCAGAAAAAGAAUAUACUUGCUUUUGACUUUUCCCCCCAAAUGUAAGGGUGUUUAUUUUUUAAUGUACAACAAUGAUUUCUCAAUCAUUUUGUCCUGUCAUCCAUCAGGUCUGAUUUCUUUAUUUUUCCACUCCCACAUUGAGUUGUCUUAAAUUAUUGACUGAUGAAUUAAGUUCUCUAAGCUGGUCUUGGCAUAGAUCGAAAUGACCAGAAAUUGUGUUAAAAUAAAAUGUCAACUCAAACCAGAAUAGAGGUCCACCUCAAUGUACAAGUGAGAACUUAAGUUAUUAAUCCAAAGCUUUGAGUAUCAGACAUUAACCAAGUCUGAACAAAGGUCACAUCAUUGUCCUUCUGUCUAAGUAAGGCUCCAGUAGAAGUCAAGAUGCUCACCCACUGUGCCCUUCUGCCCCAUGAGCAGAUGCUCCAUACCAGUGUGCAAUACAUGCUAAAAUGAAAGUAGGGAAAUACAAACCAAGAUAUAAAUGUAUGCUAUUGUUAAAACUGUUAAUGUUAAUGGCUAAAAUCUUAAAUGAAGACUUAUUACCUUUUUAAAAUGUGUUGAAGUUAUUUUAUUUUAUUUAGUUCUGUAGCUUUUAAUAGCACUGUCGAUGAACAGAAACACUGGCUAAAGGAAGAAAAGGGCAUCACAGUUAAUGCCAUCAUGUCAUGUUUCUUGUUCCACUGUUAGAUGUCCUUGCCACAAUUAUUACUUCCCUUUGUGGGACAUAACAGUUUGAAUGCAAGACAUUGUCAUUGUGAAAUACCAUAAACAUGUAAAUGAAAUGUAUGUUCCCUCUUAGGCCAUUCUUUAGUUUUGGCCUUGUUCUGUGACCCACCCAGUGCAGUAUGUUAACUGGGUGUUAAAUGAAACUAACCGCUGAAUUAAACAAGUUGUUAUGCUAAAAAAAAUGCAUUGCAGGUAUGCCUUCUGUACACUCACCGUGCUGUUGGGUUAUUAGUUGCACACAUUAUUAGUUAUUAUUACCUUUAUCUUAAAUAUUCAGCAGUUACAACAUACUUUUCUUUUCAUUUUGCUUGGAUCUGACAUAUUUUUCCCUUACCACUGCAUAUUUAGGCUUUUUUAAAAUGUAAUUUACAACCCUGAUUCCAAAAAAGAUGGGAUGCUGUGUAAAAGGUUAAAACAAUGUAAUGAUUUGUAAAUGUUUUUCCACCUAUAUUCAAUUAAAUGCAGUGAAAAUGAGACAAUAUUUAAUGUUCAAACUAAUAAACUUUGUUUUGGUAAAUAU